AACAUAUAAAUUAUUAUCCAAAAAAAAUAAAAAAUAAAAAUUGCAAUGUUAUAACUUGACGCCAUUGCAAGCCAAAUUAUUCUCUUACGAACACAACUUUCGGUCAAAAAUAUCUCUUUGUAUAAAUGAACAAGCCCAGCUCGACUAAGUUUUCUAUCAUGUACAUGCAAAACCAUUGAUGGGAAAAAUGAACCAACUAAGAGUUAUUUUCUAUACCAUCUUUCUUGCCAAUUUCUUUCUCUGCCCUCAAAUCCUUGAAGCUAAACAUGACGAUUUUCAUCGAUUCCCACCUGGAAAAAUGGUCUUUCCUCCCAACAAACGAUCUGACUCAGACCCUCAACAGGUACAUAUUUCUCUAGUGGGAAAAGACCACAUGAGAGUAUCGUGGAGUACAACGGAACACAAACACACCAAAACAGUAGUAGAAUAUGGGAUAACACCAAAUGAAUAUAAUGCCACGGCCACCGGAGAAUACACAUCGUACAGGUACUUCUUCUAUAGCUCCGGCAAGAUCCACCAUGUUACAAUUGGACCAUUGGAGCCGGCCACAACCUAUUACUACCGGUGCGGCGGUUCCGGCCCGGAGUUCUCCUUCCGAACGCCUCCCGCGGCGUUUCCUCUCCAAUUUGUUGUAGUUGGAGACCUAGGCCAAACGGAAUGGACCUCAUCGACUCUGAAACAUGUAGAGAGCAAAGACUACGACGUGUUGCUACUCCCGGGAGACCUCUCCUACGCCGACACCCAGCAGCCACUUUGGGACUCCUUCGGCCGAUUGGUGGAGCCCUACGCUAGCCGCCGCCCAUGGAUGGUCACCCAAGGCAACCACGAGGUCGAGACCAUCCCCAUCAUCUUCUCCGAACCUUUCAAGGCCUACAACGCCAGGUGGCCCAUGCCCUACCAGCAGAGUGGCUCCAUCUCCAACCUAUACUACUCCUUCGAGGUCGCCGGAGCUCACGUCAUUAUGCUCGGUUCCUACACAGAUUUCGACACCGAUUCCGAUCAGUUCCGGUGGCUGGCCGCCGACCUCGCCGGACUCGAUCGGGAGAAGACGCCGUGGGUGUUCGUGCUGGUGCACGCGCCGUGGUACAACACGAACUUGGCUCACCAAGGGGAAGGGGAGAGUAUGAGGAAAGCUUUGGAGGAGUUGCUUUAUAAGGCUCGUGUUGAUGUCGUUUUCGCUGGUCAUGUUCAUGCCUAUGAGCGUUUUACAAGGAUUUACAACAAAGAAGCUGAGUCGUGUGGUCCGAUGUACGUGACCAUUGGUGACGGAGGGAACAGAGAGGGACUAGCACUAACCCAACCAUGGCAGCCAACCAUUUUCUCUCACAACAAUAGAAGCUCUCUCACACCGGCAAAUGGACGACGUAUCUCCGGUCACCGCCAACGCCAUCUCCGAUUCAUAUUCUUCUUCGCAUUCUUCUUCGUUUUCACGUUAUUCUUCUUCUUCUUCUUCUUCAUCUUCUUUACGUUCUUCUGCGUCUUCUUUGUUGUUUCAGAUCUGUUUUUUCUUUUAUUUUCAGAUCUGGUUUUCUUUUACAAAUCUGGUUUUUUUUUUUCUAAAUCUGUCUAAGUAACCAGUUACUGUCAUGAUUCUGUUUUGUUUUCAGAUUUGAGUUUUUUAUAGACUUAGCUGUAACCAGUUACCUUAUUUAAUUUUCUUCUUCGUGGUUGUUUUUAAAUCUGAUUUUGUUUUUAAGAUUUGGUUUUCUUUAUAAAACUAUCUAACUAACCAGUUACUGUCACGAUUUUAUUUUAUUUUUCAGAUGUGAGUUUUUUUGUGGACCUAGUUGUAACCAUUACUUUAUUUAAUCUCCUUCUUCGUGUGUUAUUUUUAAAUCUGAUUUUAUUUUUCAAAUUUGGUUUUUUUUUAUAAAACUACCUAGGUAACCAGUUACCUUCUUCGAUCUUCUUCUUCUUGGUUAUUUUCAUAUUUGAUUUUUUUUCUUCAGAUGUAGUUUUUUUUUAAAGAUUUGGUUAAGUAACUAGUUACCAAUUAAUUGUUAUUUUGAUAGGGGUAACCAGUUACCACCUUCUUCUUCUUCUACUACUACUUCUCAGAUUAAUUUUUUAUUUUCUAAGGUUUUUUUUCUAGGUUUGGCUGAGUAACUAGUUAUUAAUCAGUUAUUUUAAUAGGGGUAACCGGUUACCUUCUUCUUCUUCUUCUUUACUGGAUGUAUUAUGAUCUGCUUUUUUUUCUUCCAAAUCUGUCAGUAACCAUUUACAAUUCAUUCGAGUACUUGCCAUGAGUACUUGCCAUGAUAGUUAAAAUUGAUAGUAGUAACCGGUUACUGCUACAUUACUAAAAAAUCUAAAUUUAUUUUUAUAAUGGUAAUCAGUUAUUAUUUAAAAUGAAAUUAAAUGGCAUAUAUACAUCUCCAACAAUAAUCCAAAACAUACAUAUGUAUAAUGACAUAACCCAGACAUCAUCAUCAUCACCACAAUUAGUGAAAGUCAUUCUCAUCACCUCAUAUAUAUAAAAUUAAUAUAAUAACAAUAAUAAUACAUCCAUAAUAUAUA